CGUGAGCCCGCCGGGAGAGUCUCUCCGGACUCGGAGGCGAGUGCGAGUGGUCCUCCCUCUGUCCACCCAGGUGGUCGUCGAGACAGGUGCUCUUUUACCCCACCGGGCGGGCGAAACUGUCGGGGAGACCAAGCUCGCCGUCAUUCAUGCGGGCUUCUGGACAAAAUUAGUCGACGAUGACUUCGGUUUGGAAGCGACUCCAGCGUGUGGGAAAGAAGGCGUCCAAGUUUCACUUCGCUGCUUCAUUCCACCAACUUGUGCUGGAAAGCUCAAGUAAAUGGCAACCCGACAAACUGAGAGUGGUGUGGAUCAGAAGAAGCAGACGUCACAGCACGAAGCUCCACAGUUGGCAGCCAGGGAUUCAGAACCCCUACAGAGGUCUGGUACUCUGGCAGGUGCCCGAGAGUUUGGACAUCACAGUUACACUCUUCAAGGAGCCAACCGCAGAGGAGUUUGAGGACAAAGACUGGACUUUUGUCAUUGAAAAUGAGACAAAGGGACGAAAGAAGGUGUUGGCCUCGGCCGACAUCAAUAUGAAGAAGUACGCCAGCGCCACGCCGGCGCAGUAUGACCUGACCCUCAAGUUGAAACCUCUUUCGGUGAAAGUGAAAGAGGCCACGCUCAAGCUCAACUUGUCCUGCAUCUUCCUCAAGGAGGGAAAAGCCACCGAUGAGGACAUGCAGAGUUUGGCCAGUCUAAUGAGUUUCAAGCAGAGCGACAUCGGCAAUCUGGAUGAUUUUAACGACAGUGACGACGAAAUCGGGGAAGAAAGGAGGACGAGCUUCGGUUCUGGACAAGCGAUGCCUGCCACUGCCCUCGAGCCUUCGACGGCAAGAAUACACGACCUGGCAUGGAGGCCUGCAACCGAAUCUGUCCCAAAUUCAACCACAGAGAUAACUCGCAAAACGUCCUCGGGCGUUUGCGCUUCCAUCUCUGUUGCAUCACUUCCUGUUCUGCCCGAACCCCAUCACUCAUCCGUUCCGACGCCCGCCCAUCAGACCCAGCCUUCCCUCUAUGCCUACUCACUUCCGGCCUUCACACAAGCUCACCCUCCAGCACUUCCCAAAAUUUUCCAGCCUCGUUCUGGAUCAGCUGCCCGAAGCUUCCACAGCAACUCCCCCCCUGAAGGAGGUGCUCAGUCCCUCCCCACCUUCACUUCUUCUAAAGCCCUUUGUCAUUCCCCUCCUGAUCCCUCUUCCGUCCCUUCCGCCUUAACGGGGAGUUCGCACGCAGCUCUGCUCAGCUCCCGCCCUCCUUUUCCGCUGCAUGCUGCCGCUCCCAGAAAUCCCCAAGCUGCGGAGGCCGGCUCGACGCUGACCAGACCCACCAGUCUCCCCUCCGCCCCUGAGACAGCUUCCUGGCAGAGUGAAUGGAGGCCUCCUAAAUGCCAAGCCCCUCUCGCGCAGCCCGCCCUCUCUCCAAAUUUCUUACAUCCGUCCGUGGAUGAACCCGGCCGGCCUUCUGUGGCGCACAAAAGAAAAAGAGUAGACGUGACAUCUUCAUCCUGCCUGCCUGCGGGCCUUCCUUCUCAGCAAAAACACCCGGGGGCUUCCGGAUUUGCACCUUCCACUGUCACUGACACCCACUCGUGUCCCUCCAUCGGUCCUUUUUCUUCUCUUCCUCCUUCUCAGGCUCCUUUACCCCACAUUGGCUCCCUAAGUGGCCAAAGUGAAGAGAUCCAGAGGCAGUUGAGCACACUGAGUGAAGAGGAGCAGCAGUGUACAACUCCCACGAGUCCUGAUUCCAAAGUAGGUGCCUUCCAGGGCUUGGCAUCGGGCGCUGGAGGGCCAGCGUUUGGUGUCAAAGUUGUCAGGGCAUCAGCGGGACCUGAGAGUUUGGCCUCUCUUCUGCCCUUUAGCCCCAGAGCGCCCUCAGCUCAAGAUCUCGAGUAUUUUGAGAUGCCCAAAGCACAGAUGGAUCAUACGGAGUUAAGCCCCGCAAGGACGUCUCUUGUCAAACCACAAAGCCACUCGUCCAAAAUGUCCAUUCAAUUAGGCAGUCAAGUUGCCAAAGCGCAGCCAGCUCAGCCCUUGGCCCCGCUUUCGGUCGGUUCCCAACAUAUCUCCUCAAAUGUUCAGACCCAACCGUUGCACUUUGCGCAAAUAACUACAGACACAACUGGCAAAGGGGAGGUAGGAGGGGGGCAUAGAAAAGACGUUUUGAGACAUGAGCCCAAGACGGCGUCAUUGACAACUAGUUUCACAGACGACACAUUGGACGACUAUACUGUCACGCCAGAGGUGAUUAAAAAAAUAUCAGAGGACUUUUCAGGAGAAAUUUCCAAAGGAAACAGUUCCGAAUGGAAGCGGAAAAUCAGCCCCGCUGGUUUAAUGUCCAGCGCUGAUCAGAACAUGCAGUGCAUUUCUUCAGGAAUUGACUCCCACUUUGGGUUCGUCUCAGGACAACAGCCAGCAAGCAACAUGUUACUACAAGUGGAAGCGAAUACCGUGUCUCCAGACAAAGUCGUAUGUGAAAAAAAUCUAAUUGCAGAGAGUCUGCCACAAAAUACCGAUAAAACUCACACGUAUCCAGCCACGGCAGAACUGGGUCGACUGUGUUCCAAAGACCGUCCUCCCCAAAAUCGACAGGAUUUACCACGCCUAGAGCCACGUAUGAUACGGUUACAGUCAACUUGUCCUCAACGUUCAAACGUUCCUGGCAUUCCAGCUUGUCAACAGUCAGACGUUGAUCCUGAUCAUACGAGUGCAACGUUCCAGUCAUUACGCGCUGAAAAAUUGCCCAUACCCGUUUAUUCAAACUUGCGUCGUGUCUGGCAACAAGCUGCUCUUGACAUGAAUUUGAGCAAACAGAUAUGGCCAACAUGUCUGAGGAACUCAAGAGUUCUUGGGUUUCCCCCAGCGCCUUUUAAGGAAGUUUCAUAUAAGGGCAGUCUUUUCCCUGCAUGGCCAGACUGCUCAGUGAUCGCAGGGAUGCCAUCGAAACAAAGGAUUAGAGGGUCGAGGCAAGAAGACUACUGGCUGAAUUUGAGGAAUUCAUUUUCUGGAAAACGAGUGAGACCUCAAUGUGUUUUGGUUCUGGACAGUUCCUAUGAGAAUGAGAGGCAUCGCAAAGCCAUGGUUAAUAUGCGAGCUUGUUGUCCGCAGAGAGCUUACACGUAUGGUUUGCCUUCCGCUCCAGGUCAAAAUGCUAACUUUUUGUAUACUUGCCCAAGAGAAAGCAACAUUCUUGGUUUCGCGUCUCAGGAUCCGGUUUGGCUUGCGAGUGACUUUUGGAGUUUGGGUCAGGGCAGCUGCAUUUUAUUAGAGAAGCACUUAGGGAAGGAAUGUGUUGUGACAUCACACCCCAUGACACCGGUGGCCUCAUGCUCGAAUAUUACUCCCUCCUGCCCUCAAAAGGCCAAGGUUCCUGGCUUUCCAUCCGCACAAAAACAAAGUAAACUGGCUAAAGAAGUCAGUGUGGUGACAUUUUUGCCGAGUUGUGCGAAAGAAUCUACGGUUCCUGGAAUGCCAACUAGAAACUACGACAAACCUCAGUGGGUAACGGACAGUUUUCUGCUACAGCCGUCACGCAAGUAUGCAGACAUAACCCAUCUGAAAGAUAUCUUUGCUAUUGACCGCGAUUGGGUUCGCAACAUGGUAUGCCUUGUAUCCUCGUGUCCACCGCGAGCCCUCUCACCUGGCUUCCCAUCAGUAAAAUGGCACAAAUCGGAAAAUAGUGCAAAUAUGAUUCAUGUGCUCCCGACAUGCCCGCGAUAUUCUCGAGUUAGUGGAAUCUCCUCCAGAAUCCACAGCGGGUCUGAUAGAGCUGGAUGGAAGGUUGACAGAAGGCCGCUUUGGGGAAAAACAUGGAGCAGCCCAGGAAUAAUGGAAGUAACACACAAGUGCAAGAUUUCUUUAAAGGAGAAGACAAUCGUUCGAGUGAUGGUGUCCAUGUUGCCCCCUUGUCCCAAAAACUCUAACAUCUACGGAAUUCCCUCCAAGGGCGGUAAAAGGGACGGUUUGACGACAGAAGCCCCCAAUAUGCUCAAAUCCAUGAUCACUUUCCCUGAGCACGGUCAAAUUCCAGGUUUACCUGCAAAGGAUCGUUCAAGAGAGUAUCACAGUUGGUGCGUGGAAUGGGGGACACUUUGGAGGAACCCAGUCACUACAAGGUCGGUCGUGGUCCACUCCUCUUCUGGACUUGAUGAGAUGUCAGUCAAGAACAGAGAAGCGAUGGUCAGUAUGAUGCCGUACUGUUCCAGAGAAGCACCGAAAUUUGGAUUUUCUUCGACAAUGCAACUCCUAGCUGUUGACGCGGCAGAAGAAAAUAAUCCGAGCAUGGCAGAGUUGCUGCUGUGUUGCCCAAGACAAACAAGCAUUGUGGGCUUCCCGUCGAAAGUGCUGUCAGGCUCUGAUGACGACAUAGGUCGAUGGGCCAAGUUGAUGAUGUCGCUACACUGGCCUCAUCAGGAUACGCUGGCGGCACCCCAUUCCCUUUUGCUUACAGUUGACAGUAUAGAAGAAAAAUGUCAAAAUAUGGUGAAUAUUGCGCCAUCUUGUCCAAAGAUUGCUUCCCUGCCGGGAAUGCCAUCAACUAGUUCAUGCUGUUUAGUACCAUCAGAGCGGGCGCUUCGAACGCCACUCUUAGCGACGCCAUUCCCAAGUUCAUAUGACUCAGACAUAAAGAAAGGAAAUUCCGACAUGGCUUUGGAGAUAAUUAAUGACAAACGUGGUUUGAUGGGGGCAUCCGAGGAAGAAGUAACUGCUUUAAAACGAGGAAACACAGAUGGGCGAAUACCACACUUAAUCAGUGACACGCCAUUGUCAGACAAGAGAAAUGACCGCAUGGUUUCACUGCAGCAGUCACGCCAAAUGAAAAGUGUUUCCAGGCAGCAGAUGCUAGCGCAAUAUCCCAUAGAAAUGAUUGCUCUGUGUGAGGAUCUACCAGAGGCAUCUACAGAAUUCACAGGCCACGUGGUGACGACUGAAGAAACUCUCAAUCCGCUUUCGUCAGUCUUGUUCACGAGUUCCUUCCCCGAUGAUGAAGUGAAGAGGAAGACUGCCGUUACAAAAAUGACCCCGAUAGGCUCACUGCCCAGCGGUAUACUUGACACGAAACAAGCCAGUCAACGCUGGAAUCGGAGUAUGGUGACUAUGCAUCCCUGUUGCCCAAGUGUGUCCUGUAUUCCUGGUACGCCGUCACUGAGCGAAACCAUUUCUAGAUGUUGGUUAUUGCAGCCGGAGGCACUUUUUAAGAAAGCAGAGAAGACUGUCAUAAUUCAAGAUGCGCCUACCAAUGAUGAAAUGAAAACCAUGGCGUUAUUAACACCAUCUUGUCCAAGACGUGAGUGCAUUCCUGGGAUUCCAUCAACUUUGGCACCUACAGUCGUCUUUAACUCGUCAAGUAUGGUCCACGUCCUCCCAACCUUUCCGGCCUCCUCCAACGUGGCUGGCUUUGGAUCUUUGCUCAGAGCCGACGGCAAAGCCUGGUAUGUGAUUGGAAUGACGCAAUCCUUAUGGAAGAGCGGGAAUAAAAUUAGGUCUGAAUUAAUACUAGAGAGCAACAGAAUGCACAAAGAUAUGAAAGGAGCUGUUUCUCUUCGUCAGUGUUGCCCAAGGGAAUCAAGCCUUCCUGGUUGGCCCUCUGCGCAGCAACCGAGAAGGACUCAUGGUCUUGACGAACCCAGUAUGGUUAGUCUUUCAAGAUCAUGCUCAAAAGUGUCAGCAAUACCAGGAUUUGCGUCACUUACUCAAUCAAGCGAAUGGACGGUCAACGGAAAUCCACCCUUUGAGCCCAGAAUGACAAAAAAGAAGACAGCCUUGAUAGGAAGGUUUCACAAAGACGAGAGGACAAUGAAGACAAUGGCUUCCCUUCUGCCAUCCUGUCCAAAAGUUGCCCUGAUUCCGGGAUUCCCCACUCACCCGAGCCCUCCAGCCACAUAUUGUGCACCAAAUAUGAUAAGCCUUUAUACAUGUUGCUCCCGUGUUUCAAACGUACCCGGUUUUGCAUCGGUUGAUGGAAGUGAGAUCAUUGGAUGGGUGAUGGGAAAUGAGUUAUUGUCAAAGAAGAAGAAGGCAAAGAAGGACUUCAUACCCGACAGGACCGCUGAGCCCCAAAAUAAAUGGAAAAACGUGCAUUCUCUUGUCCCGUCUUGCCCUCAAGCCUCGUGUUUAACUGGCAUCCCGUCCAAUCCACAUCCCAAAGUGCUACACUACGGCACAAAUAUCACAAAUCUCCUUCCGCUGUGCCCUCCAGUUUCUACUGUUCUUGGAUUGCCAUCGGUUGAAGACAACACGGAAGGAUGGACUGUUGAGCUGGUUCCAUUGGUUCACAAACCACAAAAGAACAUAAAGCUGAAGAUGAACCGUGUGCCAGCCAGCUUGGACAAAGCCAACAACAUGUUUGCCAUAGUACCUUCUUGUCCAGAAGCAUCCAAAAUCCACGGACUUCCCUCAGCACCUCAAAGCAAAUCCAAGGUUCACACAAACAUGAUCCGUUUGGUACCUUGCUGCCCGAGGUCGUCAUCUCUGGAAGGCUUUGCAUCCAUUCCUACAACACCAGUUGUAGGGUGGCUACAUGAAAGAAGAAACAUCCUGGGAGCACCUCAGAGAAAGUUGCCCGAGAGAAUUAUUGCACCUGCUGGGCAGAAACAAAACGGGAGCGGUAUGGCAAAAAUUGCAGCGUCCUGUCCCAAUAAGGCGAGACUCUGUGGGUUUCCAUCUGCUCAAGUUCUGAACAAACCAUCGGAUAUCGUCGGCUUAUACUCAACAGCUCCCUACAUUUCCCGUACCCCGGGUUUCCCGUCAGCGAGGAUGCUUAGUUUUGAACCUUUGAAAACACAACGGCACGACUCGUGCGAGAAGUUCUUAUUUGCGGACCUGAAGAAGUACAAGACGGAUGUCACGGCUGAAUUCCUUGAAAUCCAUCAGCAUGAACAUGAAGAAAUGAAGCACAUGGUAUCAAUAGCUCCAUCGUGCCCACAUCUGACUCGAAUUCCUGGGAUGCCAAGCAUUUCGCUCCUGAGUACAACAUGCAAAGAAAAAAAUGAGUUGUCUGCUGUGACUGGAUUGCCAAAUCAACCAGAAGCCACGCAUGGUAAUGGCCCCGUCACAACGCUUGCAUCUGAGGCAAAAUACAGAGACACGAGACGUCACAACACAGACCUAACAAAAGAAGUCGCAGCCGAGGAGGCCCAAGCACAGCGGAAAAAUGGGGCAUCGGAGCCCGAAGGGGUCUCGGGCUGGGAAAUAUUGGAGGUAGAAGGAAAUGUAGUUGAAAAACAGAAAGCGUCGUUGCCAUCAGCAGGGGCGGAAGAGCCUCCUGGAAUAGUCCAAACUAUUGUGGAUGUUCUCCAUAAAGGCUAUGAAACGGUAGCAUCCAUUUUGGGACCAUCUGGUUCGUCUCUGUCUGAGAACGAUCUUCGCCUGACGGUCGAUUCGGCAUCGCGUCCAACAUAUGAGACUGACAUCUCUUCGUGUGAAGAUUUGCCUCAAUGUGUGGACGUUGACUCCGCUGUAGACGAGGUCAUUCCUUUAUCAGAGCAGUUGGAGGACGAUUACCCGGGAGAGGGUCAACUGGCAACCCCAUCACCGCCUUCCGAGAGCGACGAUGGGUUCAUGGUUUGUGUGAGUAUGAAGAAAUGGCCACCGUUGACCGCAGCAGACCUUACUGGCAUGUCAGUGGACGUUCGACACGAGGAAGAGGAACCUUUGCUUGAUGAAUGGCAGACAAGUGAUCAGGACUCUGCAGGCACAUCCGAGUGCAUUGACAGUUUAUCAGUCAGGCAUCCGAAUGCCACACAUGAACUCGAAACCGCUUCCACAUCGGAAUCUGGCCCCCAACUAGCAAGUGCUGAUGGAAGCCCCCUGCAGCCACCAAUAACUCAACCAUUGACAGACGCCAAAUCAAACCCAGAGCUACAAUUUGACAAAGCUUUAGAUGAUCCGCAUCUUUGUAUGAUUGAAGCGCAGGCACAGAUCACGGUCUCUCAGCAAGAUCAAACAGUUCUAGGAGUUCAACAAACAGAAUGCGAACUGGAACAAGCCACCAUUUUACAACAGCCAGACCACCAUCAAAAUUUGGACGGGUCGUCUGUCCUUCAUGAGGUUGCUCCAAUCCAGUCUCGUGAGAUCACUAUCACGCGACCUGUCAACGAUCCUUCCCUCCGUGCUGGUAGUAGCAUUCCUGUAGAUGGAGAUGGAACUGUUUGCUCACCGCGCACAACUGUCAAUCAAGAAAAAAAUGAUGUCUCUCCUGAUGUGGAAACAACGGAUGCCCCGGGCAAAGCUUUGACAACAAAAGAAAGUGUCACAAUUGAAAAACAAACACUUCAUGCUCUACCAACAAGCAGCACGGCCCAAAUCGUCAAAGAAUGUUCUUCUGAGGUCGAUACGGUUGCAGAAACAAAAUACGCCCAAGAAGCAACAGUCCAAAGACCCGCCUUCUCGGAAACAAAGGAACAUGAAAGCAUGGCGUCGAAAGCAGAGCUACAGGGGGAUGUUGUUGAGCAACAUGCGCCCUUGUCAAUUAUCACAAGGAUUGGACAGAAACAAAGUGGCGUGAAAGUUCCUUUGACAAAGCAACCCAUCCCAAAGCCCCGGAUGAGGAAAUGUGCCAGUGAAGAAGAGGCCCACGCGGGAGGUCAGGCUGGCCAGCCGCUGGACGAUGACGACAGGAUAUCAAAAGAGCAAGCGAUGACCGUCCGCUUGAGGAAAAGCCGGCUCCAAGUCGGUGACGAUGCGACACCACCCUCAAAUUUUCCUGUACCGAAACCAAGAGCUAAGAAACGUCUUAGCAGUUCAUUCCCGGGUGAUGCUGCAGUUCCCGGCUCACCGCGUACUUCCUUGUCAGACACAGUAACAGGCACCUCUGGCCAAGAAGUAAAUCACCACGAUGAGCAGGGGUGUGGGCCUGUUCCGCUUCCUCGAACCGGGAAACACCUCGACUCGUCUCUUUUCAACAACACGCCACCCACAGACAUUUCAGACUCAUCUCAAAGAAAGCCAGAGGCCACGGCUGCCUCUUGUGAAGCAGCAGAGGAUUGGUCGCCAUUAUGGGAUUCACGUGAAAUCGCUGAAAAAGGAUCCUGUGAUCCGGGCAACGCAAACGAAUUUCCAUCUCCUUACUCAGCAGAAAAUAGAGACGUAGAGAAGGCGUCGGAUGCGUUGGUCAAAGGUGCAACCCUAACAGAUGUCCCGCCAACAAAAAUGGAGGAGUCCUUUGCCUGCUCAGUUACAUCAGCUCGGGAUGACCAGCUACACGUCGAAGGCACAGAACCUUCUGAUCCAAAGAAUGAAGGCUUGGAGUACAGCUCUGUGUCUGUAUAUUUAGCUCCUGGUUGUUUAGAGCAAGACAGGGACAGUCCGCCCGCAGACAAAAGUCAGGCCGAAGUGGUUAAUUUGCACCAAACCUUGACUCCAACAAAACCUGAAGUUACGUCGGCAUCUCCAGAAAAUCUUUCAGAAAGUCCAAACCUGGUCACCUCCAGUCAGUCUCUGCUGGAGUGGUGCAAGGAGGUCACUCAGGAUCACAAGGGACUGAAGAUCAGCAACUUCAGCACCUCCUGGAGGAACGGCUUAGCGUUUUGUGCCAUCUUGCAUCACUUUCACCCAGAAAAGAUUAAUUAUGACUUGUUGGACCCCUAUGAUAUCAAACACAACAAUAAAAGGGCCUUUGACGGUUUCGCCGAGCUCGGCAUUUCCAGGCUGAUGGAGCCCUCGGACAUGGUCAUGCUCACCGUGCCAGAUCGCCUCAUCGUCAUGACAUACCUCAGCCAGAUUCGCACUCAUUUCAUGGGCCAGGAGCUAAGUGUGCUUCACAUCGAAGAAGACGCCAGUGAGUCCAGCUAUGCGGUCACGGGAGACCGGGAGGGCGAAGAGGACCCCGAGGCGGCUGUUCGCUACUGCACCCAAAGGCUUCACGAGGAGGGCAUCGGUCUGGAGACCAACGGCUCUGUUAGCGCGGCACACGAGGGCGAAAGCAACGCGGAUGUAGCUCCGCCGUCCAGAAGCAAACGGGUGCAAGCGUCCGGGGCCAGCGGUCCCCAGUCACCGGUUACGCCACCGAGGACUCAUUUGGCGUCCAAGUGUGGUUUCUCGCACGUGAAAGACGCAGAUCUGGUCAAGAAGCGCAGGUCCCAGCGGAAGAGUGCGUCUGAAGAGGAUGGCGACGCAUCCGUGGUUGUGACAGAGCUGGAAGACAGCGGAAGCAUCAGAACCGAGACAACAGGAACUCUGGCUGUGGUGGGAAGACGAGAAGGCCAGGAUACCAGCCAGUAUGUACUAAGUCAAAUGCAAGCCCUGGAAGCAGAACAAAACCACAUCGACACCAGAGCUGCCGUUGUGGAGAGGAAACUCCGACAGCUCAUGGAAACAAGCAGUGACAAGGCGGAGGAGGAAAGGUUGAUUCAGGAAUGGUUCGUACUGGUCAACAAGAAGAACGCGUUGAUUCGAAGACAGGAUCACCUGCAGCUGUUGCUGGAGGAGCACGAUUUGGAAAGAAGGUUUGAGCUGUUGACCAAAGAGUUGCGAGACAUCAUGGCCCUCGAAGAGUGGCAGAAGACGCUGGCCCACAAACAGAGGGAGCAGUUGCUGCUUAAGGAGCUGGUGUCGCUGGUCAACCAGAGGGACGAACUGGUCCACAAUAUGGACGCCAAGGAGAGACGCGCUCUGGAGGAGGACGAACGCCUCGAACGUGGCCUGGAGCAGCGCCGGAGGAAGUACGCCAAGCAGCAAAAGUGUCUGAUGCAGUGACUUUCGCCUCCCGAGUUUAAGGGAAGGCUCUCAGGAGAGGAGGUGUGUCACUCCACGUCAUUGCCAAAGAUUGAUAUUGUCAUUGAUUUUAUUUCAAGUCUUGCUCAGAGUAACUGAUAGUGGUUUAAAAAAAAAAGUUUUAAUGACGUGGGAAGCGUUGGUCACACUUUUAUGGCAGGACUUGCCUGAUGACACUUUAAAAGUCUCAGAAUGGGAACUGUGAUACUAUCUUAUUGUGCCUUGUCACUUUUUUUUUCUCCACAUUUUUAAACGCGGUUUUAAUUGACGUGAUAACUGCAGGGUAUGGUCGUGGUCUCAAGGUGGCGCUGAAAAGCCAUGUCUUCCAUGAGUACGCUUCUGAAUAUUCAGAAUCACGCUUUUCAUAUUAUUUGUCAUUUUCAAAUGAAUCUUCUGUUCACUUCAGCUACAUCUGCUGUUUUGGACAAUUGUCUUAUCCGGUAAAUACGCUAUACGCUGAGACUGAACAGUCAUACGUGAUACGCUUCCAGGAAAAAAAAAAAAAGUAAUUCCCAAAGUGAUGUUACUGUUGUAUGCGUGUUACAUAAUAUUUUUUUGACUGUGCCUUGUUACUGAGGGAUGUUUGUUACCAAAAGGACUCCUUCCCCUUUUAAUGUGUCUUUUAUUCUGCUGCAAGGGGCUUUCCAGAAACAUUAAAGGUAAAAUAACAACAAUGCAACAGAACAUAAAACAUCCACAUUAAUAUAUAUCUCAAGGAUAUUACUUUAGCAGGGACGGCCGCUUAAAUCAUUUUAUUGGCGAAAAUGGAUUUGUUUGAAAAGCCAUCUUUAAUUUAUUGGAGCUUUUACUAUUUAUUCUUUGUUUGUGUGCUGUCUGCAGGAUUGCUUUUAACCCCAAACUUUUUCCUCUGAUUGCCGCAUGUGUAUUGUGCUGCAUUUGCACCUUCGGGAUUGCAUAGGAACUGCGUAUUCACAGGAAUAUGACACAGUCUGCACAUUUUCUGGUCGUCCUCGAACGCAACAGCAGCUGAUCAAAGCUCGUAAGUCAGGUUUUGAUGGAAUGUUCGGUUUGGUGGUUGGCCGCAUCACUGAAAUGAAAGUACGAUUGGACCGCUGAAGGGUUGCGGCGGUACUGGUUUUGUCCAGAAGAAUGCCAACUGGGUGACUUAUAGGAAACUGAACUGACUGUUGUUUUCUUGUUACUUUUGAACAUUUGUCAAGUUUGCAAAGCCCUCAAUGUUUUGCUGCAUUAAAAAUAGAUGUGUUG